AAUUCUCCCAGGUUCCUAGGCUAGCAGAAUCCCAUGUAGGUAAAGGCGGUGCGGAAGCUGUUUUGUGGGCUAUAUUAUGGAAAGCGAGCCACUUAACCUAUGGUCUGAAGUCUUUUCAUCUCAAUGUCUAGGACAUAGUGGACUCGAUAGGAGCAAUCAUCCUAUAUUGGUAACACAGUCUCUCCCGGCCGCUGACUGUGCCUACCAAGAAGGAAGUUGCUAAUAACCUGAGUGAACAUGACUAUGACUCUACGUCUACCUCUCCCUAAGGCUAUCAUUAUAGGUGGCUAAUGUAGCUGCAUUCCGGUCCAAGUGGGAUUUUCUUAUAAGAUCAUAUCAAGAUCCAGUUUCUUGAAGUGCAUUUCGACCAUCAAUCGAUCAGCCAGAUCAGCCAGCCACUCAAUCAUCCGAAAGAUCUCUCUACAUGACCUACCAGAAACCAUCAGUCUGUCUAAGAUGCCUUCUUCGAAACCAAAGCCAUCUGAAGUCGCCGCCGAGACGAAGCGUCACUACAUACCGAUCAUAAAAUCCGAAUAUGCACAAGCAUGGCCAACUCACUCUUACCUAUUCCAACAGCCGCUCCAGCAGAUUCCCAUGCAGAGCUCCAUGAGUGGCGUCUCUCCGUCACCACCUGAAUUCUAUAUCGCCUCCGGAGACCCCGUUGAUUUCACAAUCAACUGGAAGAUCAAAGUUAACCUUAGAAUACCGUUUAUAUGCGCGGCAAACGAUAAGAGACCCGGGGGAGAUUGGGAGACAGGAGUAGUCGGCUACGAAGAGCGCCUCUGCAGACGCAGCACCCUCUCCGCGACCCUCAGCACACCCGGGCCCGGGUCACAAGUCGACAACAACUACCCGAUCCCGUCCGAAGGGGGCAUCUACUCCGAAGCAGUCGUAGUCUUCCGGGGGCCGCACGACCAGUACAAGAAGCUGGAGCAAUGGCACGAUCUGGCCGUCGUCAGCAUGCCCGCGGCGCGGUGGCCGAAGCUGUCGCACGGCGGCGCGAAGUACGCCUUCCCGCUCGAGCGCGAGAUGGUCAAGAACAAGAUCCGCGCCGCCCUGCGCAUCUGCGCCUUCUACGACCACCGCACCGUCGUCAUCGGCGACUUCGGGCUUGGAAACGGCCACCGCAACCCGCCCCAGGAACUCGCGGAGCUGUGGCGCGAUGUGUUUCUCUACGACCCUGAUAUUCGUGGGCGCUUCGAUUAUGUUGCGUUCGUGUUCGAGGACCAGUAUCAGAGUACUGCGAAGUUGAUCCUCGACGAUAUCGCGAAGAAGAGUAGGGGGAGUAGUCAUGGUAGCUCUAGCCAUGGCCAUGGAUCGAAGGGCAAGUCGAGGGCUUCGGUGAGCUCGAGCUCGGGGUCUGGGAGUGGUUCUGGGGCGCCGCCGACGGACUUCGAGAUCUUCUCGCGCGUGUUCGAUGCCGGUGAGAUCCAGAGCGUGCUGAGCCGGCCUGAUCCCAGGUACGACAUCUCCAUGCUGACGUCGUGAUGGAGCCAAGGUGUAUCUAGGUAGGGGUUCGCGGUGCCGAGAAACGUUGGGUUCUCGUGCGCCAUUACACAACGUCGAGUCGUCGUACAAUCCCAUGUGGACGGAAUCGACCCGGCGAUCCGGUCGGAUAUGGGGGUGGGUAGCGGUGUUGUCUUCUCCUUUCUUGGUUCCUAGAUUGAUUACAUCCUAUAGGCUAGGGGAUUCAUCAAGGGUUCGUCAAGGUUUCUGCGGUGAGGUGCGUGGUAGAAAAAAAAUCGAGUAAAGGGUUGGGAGAUGCGCUGCUUUCUCGU